AUGCAGAUCGAUGAGGAUCCUAGCUGGCAAGACCCAAUUAUUGACUACCUAGCGAAUGAAAACCUGCCCAAGGACAAGUCCGAGGCCAGAAAAAUCAAGCAAAAGGCUGCAAGAUACUACAUGAAAGGCGACAUGCUUAUCCGCAGAUUAUACUACGGGCCUCAUCUCACUUGCAUCAAGUACCCACAAACGCUCGAGGUUCUCUGCAAGAUACACAACGGCGAAUGUGGAAAUCACGUUGGGGGCAGAUCGCUUGCUCAGAAGGCUCUCAGCAUAGGCUAUUUCUGGCCUACCAUGCGCCAAGACUCCACGGAGUAUGCUCGAAGAUGUGAUCGAUGCCAACGCUACAAGCCGGUCCCUGGCCUGCCCGCUGAGGAAUACCAUCCUCCGAACAGUCCAUGGCCAUUCAUGCAGUGGGCCAUUGACUUGGUGGGACCUAUGCCGACGGCACCUGCCAAUAAAGAGAUGAUGAUCGUUGCCACUGAUUACUUCACCAAAUGGAUCGAGGCCGAGGCUUUAUCUUCUACCAAGGAGGCCGAUGUUGAACGGUUCAUCUGGAAGAACAUUAUUUGCAGAUUCGGUUGCCCGCAAUCGAUACUCACCGACAAUGGUACACAGUUCGUGGGCAGGCAGAUCACCGCAUUCUUUGCGAAGUAUGGCAUCAAACAACACCUGUCAACACCCCGAUACCCGCAAGGCAAUGGCCAAGCAGAGGCAUCCAACAAGAUAGUGUUGGACUGCCUAAAGAAAAGACUGGAAGGCGCAGAAGGAAAAUGGGUCGACGAGCUGCCAGGAGUCCUAUGGGCUUAUUGCACGACCAAAAGGAGAUCGACCGGAGAGACACCAUUUUCCCUGGCCUAUAGGACAGAAGCAAUCAUUCCCCCAGACAUCACAGUCCAUUCCAUGAGCAUUGAGGUGGGCAGUCUUGACCAAAACUGCAAGCAAAUGAAAGUCAACCUUGAUAUGCUCAAAGAAGAACGAGAAAAGGCCAUUGUUCGAGUUGCCGCCUACCAGCAGCAGUUGACGUCCUACUACAAUAAGAAGGCCAAGAUCAGACAGUUUCAGCCUGGAGACCUUGUGCUUAGAAAAACUUUCAUCACAGCACCAAGGCAAGGGUCAAAGAAGAUGAAGCCAAACUGGGAAGGCCCCUACGUGAUCAGCCGAUCUGGGGGCAGAGGAAGUUACACCCUUGAUACUCUAGAAGGAAAAGAAAUUCUGAGACAAUGGAAUGCCCACCACCUUCGAAGAUACUAUCCAUGA